AUGGCCGACUCCUCAACGGCUGUCUCCGUGCAGGUGCUCACCUUGGCCGGGGCGGAGCUGGGGGUCUUCUCUUUGGAGCCCGACAGCACCGUGCGGGACCUCAAGGCACGCAUUGCGCAAAAGGGAGGGCCUGUGUGCUUGCUGAGCCUGUGUCAGGGCUCCAGGGUGCUGCCGGCCCUGGCCACCUGCCGAGAGCUCGGCUGGUGCGAAGAAUCCGCGCCGGUGGUGCUGAGCCUGGCAUAUCUCUCCCCGGACCUGGACAAGUGCACGGCCUUUGUUGAGGGAGGCGAUGUGAACCCUGAGGAGCUGGAGAAGCUGUGCGCAAGCUGUCGGGCUAUCUUUCAGCGUGAGCCGAUGCUACUGGAGCUGGAAGGGCCGCUGACGGUGGUGGGGAAUAUUCAUGGGCACCUGGAGCAGCUCCAAGGCGUCUUCGGGUCCUGCGGCUCUCCGGAUGCGGAGAACGCCCCGUACCUCUUCUUGGGGGCCUACGUGGACAAAGGCACCCACAGCCUGGAGGUGGUGUCGCUGCUGUUUGUCCACAAGGUGCGGCACCCCGAAAGCGUCUUCUUGCUCAGGAGCAACCAUGAGGAUGCUCAGAUGAGCCGCAUCUAUGGCUUCUACGACCAGUGCAAGAAGAAGGCACACAUCAAGGUCUGGAAGGUCUACAUUGAGGUGUUCAACCACAUGCCGGUCUGCGCAUUGAUCAACCAGAAGAUCCUUUGCGUGCACGGGGGCAUCUCCCCCCACCUGCGAAGCUUGGACCUGAUCCGUGCGCUUCCGAAGCCGAGUGCGAUCCCAGAGGAGGGCCUGCUCUGUGACUUGGUGUGGUCGGAUCCCGCUGAGGGCAGCGGGUGGAUGGAGAAUGACCGUGGGAUUUCCUGCACCUUUGGGGCGGAUGUGAUGAAGCAGUGUAUGGAAGACUUGGGCGUUGAGUUCAUUUGCAGGAGCCAUCAAGUGGUGGAGGGCGUGGAGUUCUUUGGGGAUGGCAAGCUGGCAACUCUGUGGAGUGUGAAGCAGUUCAAAGGUAUGGACACCCCAGGGGUUGGCAUGGUGAUGAUCGUCUCCGAGACUGGGGAGCGCAUGGCGGCGCUGACCCGCGCCAUCUCGGGCGCCGUGUCGUGGAGCGCCGCGCUGCGGCUGCUCGGCGGCGCCGAGGAGCGAAGGAGCUCCUCCAACGCGGUGAGCUUCAAUGCCUGCAUGAAUCGUGCCCGGACCGCGGGGCGGUGGCAGCACGCCGCCGGUCUAGUGCGGCAGAUGUGGCGAGCACAGCUGCUGCCAGACACGGCCAGCUGGGGCGUGCUGGGAAGCGCCCUGGCGCAGAGCCGGCGCUGGCGUCAGGCGCUGCGUCUGCUGCCGAUGUCGGAUGGUAUCUCUUGCAGCGCCAUCGCCUCCGCGCUGGAGCUUGACUGGCGGAAAGCUUUGGGCACGCUGCGGCACAUGGCGAAGCAGCAGAUGCAAAGAGACGUCUUCAACUACAAUGCAGUGCUCAACGCGUGCGAGAAGUGCACUGCCUGGCUCAACGGCCUGUUGGUCAACCAGAAAUUGCACGAGGCGGACCUGGCCGAUGUGGUGACCUGCAACGGCUGCCUCAGCGCCUGCCACCGCGGAAGUCGCUGGAUCCUCGCGUGCCACCUCCUCGCUUCGACUGUGGACCUGCUGGGCUUCAACUCGGCCCUGGCAGCGAGCGCCAAACGAGGUCUGUGGGUGCAGAGUGUCGAACUGGCGGCUGAGAUGCGGCAGAGGCGCCUGGAACCGGAUGCCUACUCUCACAGCUCCAUGGUCAGCGCUUGCGGUGACUGGCGACAUGCGCUGUGUUUGCUGAGGCGCCUGAGCCUUCCCUGCCACAACGCUGCGAUCGCCAAAUGCGCCGAAGCGAUGCAAUGGGAGCUGGCAGUACGAUUGCUGUCCCAGCUACCUGCUCCAGACGUGAUCAGCUACAGCUCCGCGAUGAGCGCCUGCCAGCGGCUCUCCAAGUGGCGCCUGGUGCUGCACCUCUUCGCCCAGCUGCGGCGAUCUCCACGCCUAACGAAGCAGAGGGACGCGGUGUGCUUCUACACGGCGCUGUCAGCCUGCGCCAACGCCCAAAGAUGGCGCCACGUGCUGGACCUAUUUGAGGACAUGACGCGGGCAGCUCUGGCGGACCAGGUGAGUCGCAGCGCCCCGGAGAAGUUUCAAGCCGAGGUCCUCCUCAUGGUUUUGUCCUAUGCUUCCAGCCGCGCCGUCCUGGCGGCGUGUGAGGCUGGGGGCCAGUGGCAGAAGGUCUUGGACCUCAUGGACCUCCAAAGCCGAGACGUGGUGGCCUGGUGCGCCCUGGCGGGGGCCUACCGAGCCUCACGCAAGUGGCAGCAGGUGCCUGUGGCGUUUCAGCGGAUCGGUGAGCUGGCAAUCCACAAUGUGAGACCGCCGCGCAAGAUGCCUUUGGUGACGGUGCUCACUGAUGUGGACGGCCUUGUGGCCAAGAAGCAGGAGGUGUGCGGGAUGGUUCACGAUGCCGUGAAGUCCGCACUGGGCAAGCCCGACCAGUACAUCACCGUAGCCCUUAUGAAGGCGGAGUGCGUCACGGUGGCGGGCAAGGAGGCCUCAGUGGUGGUGGAGGUGGACUCCAUCGGCGGGGACUUCGGGGCGCUGAUGGGGACCAUCGCCAAGGGCCUGGAGCCUUACGGCGUGGAAGCCUCCAAGGUGACGGGAACCUUCAGGGGUGUCUCCACCAAGGAAUUCGCCAUGAACGGCCGGCCUCUCGCAUGA